AUGUCCAUUCAAGCCAAUGUAGAAGAUUUGGAUAUGUUCGGAAGAACCAAGGCAUAUCUGAUGAGUGCCAACAAGGACGGUGUCAGUGUCUACGACCAACUCACACGGCUAAUGGAGCAGCUACUUAAUGAGAACCCAGACGACAUUGCCAACGAUCCGUCGAGGUUUAACGAGGUGUUUACACUUCUGCAGCAGCACAGUUUCGUCAACGGUCAGAGCACCCCAGCCUGUAAUGAGCCCUGCUCGGUGCCCCCAUCGGAACUUGCGCGUCUGGCGGAGAAUGAACGUUUGUUUGAGCGUCCACCCCCUGAAACUCUGACAACAAUAGAGCAGCCGGACCCCUACACGACUGUGACGACGACGCGUGUGAAGCCUCACACAGCUCCGCCCUACGAAUCUGUUGCGCAGCAGAACCUUUACUGGGCUUGGGCAGGAUGUGGCAUGACUGAAGAGGAGGCGUUUCUGCUCGACAGAUCCAUCACGAUGUUGGCUAUGGCGAAAAAAUUGGAGGAGGUUCGCUUUGUCGGAAAAAUCCUUGGCACACGAAGCAACUACUACGUAGUUUCAACUCGCCGCUACGUGCAGGAAGGUGAGAAGGUGUACAAGGAGAUCAAUACCAUGCCUCGUCCAGCGCGGCGCAAGUUGGAGGUGCCUGUGCAGCCUGAACCAGGCUUUGUUGGCGUGAACCGCCUCUCGUUUUGGGUCACCUCUCACCCAGCAGCAGAGUGGACUCUUCUUCCCGACGUCACACCGCAGCAGAUUUGCGCAGGGCGACACGUCAAGCGGUUGUUUAGCGGUGACCUGAAUGCGGCCGUCGUGUCUAGCCCUCCGUUUGAGUGGAACGAGGCCGUCUACCUUCGUGUGCAGCUGAGUCGCAUUGUCAGUGGUACUUACGUCUGCCCGCAGGGUGCCCUUGAGGAACCAGAGGAAGACGCCGAAGAGGAUGAUGAGGAUGAUGGGGAGGACGACGACCCACGAAAGCCCAAGGAGGCGAAGUACCGCCCCCUCACGCAGGCGGUGAAGGGGUUUGCGUCCGAAGAGGAAGCCGAUGUGACACAGUGGUCAAAGCUCGACCAGUGGGUGCACGCAGAGGGCUACAUCUACGAGAAUGGCCGGCAGACGAAGGUACCGGAGAAGCUGGAGGAUGAGGAGGAGGAAGAAGAAGAGCCAUCAACACCUCAGCCAAUGGACGAGGAGGAAGAAGAGGAGCAGGAGGACGAGCCGGAGGAAGAGGAAGAGAAGGAGCUUUUCGCCCCAAUUCGUGCGGACUUCCUCCACGCUGUGAUUGACGUGCCCGAGGCGCCGAAGAUCGAUGAGGAGGAUGAGGAAGAUGAGGAGGACGAGGCGCCUGAAGAGGCUGCGGAAACUGCGGAGGACGGCGAGAAUGACAACGACAUGCCACCAAAGCCCCUCACCGACGAUGACGUACCCGACGAUGACGUCACGAAGGUCAAGGUCGCGGCGUGGACGGUGCGUGUGCUCAACAGCAACAGCAAGAAGCACCGAGUGGUGGUGGUGCGCUCUCUGCGGUGGCCGGGCGCCAUCGCGUUUGCCGCAGAAGGCGGCAAGCGGUGGGGUUGCGUCUACUUCGGAAACGGGCUCAAAAAGACGGACUUCAGCUUCACCCCCACCCUUGCCCCGCCGGUGCUGGGGGAGUGCGCCGACGUUACGGAGGUGCAGGACCCGACCCCAGCGACGGAGAAAUUGGUGCGUCGCGGCGAGGAUCCACCAGAACCCGACUCCGAGGACGAAGCAGAGGACGAGGAGGCAGACGAGGAAGGCGAGGAUAUGUAA